GCACAAUUUUGACCAAUCAGUGAGCGGGACCGAGAGGUCGGUGUGACGUCCCAGCCAGGAGCUCUCGUGACUCCUUCUCCUCCUCCUCUUUCUUCGUCCAUCGUCUCCUUUUGAUUCUGCAUGGCAGAAGUCAGUCUCAUCUUGAUAUGAGGAUGCUGUCGGUUGCACUGUUGGUGUUGGCCCUCUGUGGCACUGCCCUUAGUGAUCCAGUUUACAGAGCAGGGGCCCCCAGAUGGGACCCUUACCAUGGACAAGCCGUCUUCCAGGGAAAGAAGCAUGCACGCCUUCUGAAGCAAGGAGCUGGCCUCGACCCGGAGGUCGACAUGAACAUUUCUGAGAUCAUCCGUCGCUGGGACUACCCGGUGGAGGAGCAUGACGUGGUGACGGAGGACGGCUACAUCCUGUCCGUCAACAGGAUCCCCCACGGCCUGCAUCAGAAGGCCUCAGGCCCCAGGCCCGCGGUGCUCCUGCAGCACGGCCUGCUGGCGGCCGGCAGCAACUGGAUCACCAACCCGCCCAACUCCAGCCUGGGCUACGUGCUGGCGGACGCCGGCUACGACGUGUGGAUCGCCAACAGUCGCGGGAACACCUGGUCCCGGAGACACGUGGAGCUGGACCCGGAGCAGGACGCCUUCUGGAAGUUCAGUUAUGAUGAGAUGGCCCAGAAGGACCUGCCUGCCAUGGUGGACUACAUCCUGAAGAUCACGAGCCAGGAGAAGAUCUUCUACAUGGGACACUCCCAGGGAACCACCAUAGCCUUCCUAGCGUUCUCAAGCAUGCCAGAGCUGGCCAGUAAGAUCAAGCUGUUUGUGGGUCUGGCUCCAGUCGCCACCGUGGCCUUCGCCAAAAGCCCCAUGACCAAGCUGUCGUUCCUCCCCGACUUCCUGAUAUGGGACCUAUUCGGCAGGAAGAACUUCCUCCCUCAGAAUGACAUGAUCAAAUGGUUCGCAGAGAACUUCUGCAACAAAGUGGUCCUCAGCGAGCUGUGCGGCAACCUUUUCUUCCUCCUCUGUGGCUUCGACGAGCUAAACCUCAACAUGACCCGUGUCCCCGUCUACACCACCCACUGCCCCGCCGGCACCUCGGUGCAGAACAUGAUCCACUGGUCCCAGGCCGUGCAUGGUGGAAGGCUCAUGGGUUACGACUAUGGGUACAAUGGGAACAUGGCUCACUACAACCAGUCCACUCCCCCUCUGUACCACGUGAAGGACAUGACGGUUCCCACUGCUCUGUUUACCGGGGGACAUGAUACGCUGGCGGACCCAAAAGACGUGGCCCUCCUGCUCACUCAGGUCUCCAACCUGGUCUUCCACAAGCACAUCAAGCACUGGGAACAUCUGGACUUCAUCUGGGGCCUUGACGCCCCUGAACAGAUGUAUCCAGACAUCCUCAAACUCAUGCAGCUCCACCGAUAAAUCUGCAGGAAGGGUUCUACCUAUGUGUGUGUUGGUGUGUUUGUGUGUGUGUUGUGUGUUUGUUUCAGACGGCAGAUUUGACUGUUUUUAAUCACCACCAGAGGUCACUAUCGUGUCAUACCUCUUGUGUGUAGUGACUUAUGAACAAAACUAAGCAACUAUGAACAAUGGACAGAAUAAUAUUUUAUUGUGAAGGGAAAAAGGAUAGGAAUGGAUUGGUGGAACCACUGACUACUUUUAUCUACUAUUUUUGGUUGACUUUGUGUGUGUGUGUGUGUGUGUGUGUGUGUGUGUGUGUGUGUCUCUAAUAGGAGACUGACACUGAGGCCUUGAAUCAAAUUUUAUUCUACUUUUUUUAAUCUGAAAUCUUGACUUUAUAGCUAUGUUUCUUUCUAAGAUUAGCAACUAGGAACAAUAUACAGAAUAAAGUUUUUAAUGCAAAGGGUAGGAGGAGAGGAAUGGAUGAGUACUUUUAUCUGAGUACUUUUAUCUGGUUAAAUUUUUUGGAUGUGUUUGAGUUAAGGAGAAUGUGCAUCUGAUUUUAUUCCAGUUACGUUUUAUUUUAAUCUGAAAGCGUGACAAUGUGUCUGUUUCUUUAUCAGAGUAGGUACUUCUAUCUACUAAGUUACUAUUUUUUUUUCAAUUUUCUUAAUCUUUAUAUUGUUUACCAGUGUGCAUGAAUUAAACCCUAAAAAGGUUUGCCGUUUAAGCACAGGCCUGACAAAUUUUAAGUCGAAUAGGGAAUUCAAAGAAAAAUAUAUUUUAUAAUUAAUCCAUUUGUUGAUGUACAACCAUCCACAACUAAAGCAAAACUGUCGUUACAUAAACAGAGCUAUUGUCCCAAUAUCUUUAACGGUGUCAUAUUGAAUGACAGUAACAGCUAAUAUCUGAGCCAAGUAAUCGUACGUGUGUGACUUUAAGCAAAAUAUUGCUGUUCUAGUACUGCAGUAGCAUAGUGUUGUUGUUAUCAGCUGACCAUCUGUUCCUGCAUUCUUUUGUGUCUUUAGUUUGUUUAAAGGAAGUUAAUACUGCAUACAGUACAUCAGUCUUUAUCUACAUCUGUGCGUCGGGUCUGUAUUUUAUGGGUAUAAUAGAGGACUUGUAUAGAGCACUGGUUAAUUAUUGAUUUGCAGUACUCUGUGUGGAAACAACCGGAUAAGACUGCUUUGGGACUGGUGAAUUUGACAAAUGAAGAGCAGUCAUCAAAAGCA